AUGCGAGAAUAUAAAAUUGUUGUACUUGGAAGUGGUGGUGUUGGGAAAAGUGCCUUGACUGUGCAGUUUGUGCAAGGGAUAUUUGUGGAAAAAUAUGAUCCAACAAUUGAAGAUAGUUAUCGAAAACAAGUUGAUGUGGAUGGACAGCAGUGUAUGCUUGAAAUCUUAGAUACAGCUGGAACAGAGCAGUUCACUGCAAUGCGAGAUUUAUAUAUGAAAAAUGGCCAAGGAUUUGUAUUAGUCUAUUCAAUAACCGCACAAUCAACUUUUAAUGAUCUGAUGGAUCUUAGGGAACAAAUUUUAAGAGUUAAAGAUGCUGAAGAAGUUCCGAUGAUAUUAGUUGGUAAUAAGUGUGAUUUGGAAGAUGAACGUGUUGUUGGUAAAGAUCAAGGGCAUAAUCUUGCUCGAUCGUUUAAUAGUGCUUUUCUUGAAACAUCGGCUAAAGCAAAAAUUAAUGUUAAUGAGGUGUUUUUUGAUCUUGUUCGACAAAUCAAUCGCCGUUAUCCGGAUCCUGGCAAACGCCCUACUGGAUCGUCCAAAUGUUGUUGUUCAAUCAUAUGA